CAGUCACCUUGCUGUGCUCCAAGUCUAAACGGCUCAGCUAACUACUUCCGGGAGUGUUAUUAUCAAUGAUUUUGUCACUUUUGUGAGAUUAAAACACUACCCGGGUGUUUGUCUUUUGUUGUUGUCAAAAAAAUGUCGUACAACUACGUGGUAACGGCCCAGAAACCGACGGCAGUCAACGCCUGCAUCACGGGUCACUUCACCUCUGCGGAGGACCUGAAUCUGCUCAUAGCAAAAAACACAAGAUUGGAGAUCUAUGUGGUCACAGCAGAGGGGCUGCGGCCCGUCAAGGAAGUGGGCAUGUAUGGAAAGAUUGCUGUCAUGGAGCUCUUCAGGCCAAAGGGUGAGAGCAAAGACCUUCUGUUCAUUCUCACAUCCAAGUACAACGCCUGCAUCCUAGAAUACAAACAGAACGGAGAGAGCAUUGACAUCAUCACCCGUGCCCACGGCAAUGUCCAGGAUCGUAUCGGGCGUCCAUCAGAAACGGGUAUUAUCGGAAUUGUAGAUCCAGAGUGCCGUAUGAUCGGCCUGCGGCUGUAUGACGGGUUGUUCAAGGUGAUCCCAUUGGACCGAGACAACCGUGAGCUCAAGGCCUUCAACAUCAGACUGGAGGAACUGCAGGUUAUCGACGUUCACUUCCUGUACGGCUGCCAGGCCCCAACCGUCUGCUUCAUCUACCAGGACCCUCAGGGACGCCAUGUUAAGACCUACGAGGUUUCUCUGAGGGAGAAGGAGUUCAACAAGGGCCCCUGGAAACAGGAGAACGUGGAGGCUGAGGCAUCUAUGGUCAUCCCAGUGCCAGAGCCAUUUGGUGGAGCUAUAAUCAUAGGACAAGAGUCCAUCACCUACCACAAUGGAGACAAAUACUUGGCCAUUGCACCACCUACUAUCAAGACAUCCAUUGCUGAGUGUCUGACCUACUUGGAUAACGGUGUGGUCUUUGUCGGCUCCAGGCUGGGCGACUCCCAGCUAGUGAAGCUCAACGUGGACAGCAAUGACCAGGGCUCAUAUGUUGCAGUGAUGGAGACAUUCACCAAUCUGGGGCCCAUUGUGGACAUGUGUGUGGUAGAUCUGGAGAGGCAAGGCCAGGGUCAGCUGGUGACAUGCUCAGGUGCAUUCAAGGAGGGCUCUCUUCGGAUCAUUCGCAACGGCAUUGGGAUUCAUGAGCAUGCCAGCAUUGACCUCCCGGGAAUCAAAGGUUUGUGGCCGCUCCGCUCUGAGGCAGGCAGAGAGACAGAUGACAUGCUGGUGCUCUCUUUCGUGGGUCAAACACGAGUGUUGAUGCUGAGUGGCGAGGAAGUCGAGGAGACCGAACUUCCUGGCUUUGUGGACAACCAGCAGACAUUUUACUGUGGCAAUGUGGCGCAUCAACAGCUCAUUCAAAUCACGUCAGGCUCUGUGCGCCUGGUGCUCCAGGAAAGCAAGGCAUUAGUGAGUGAAUGGAAGGAGCCACAGGGCAGGAACAUCAGUGUGGCUGCCUGCAACCACACUCAAGUGGUGCUUGCCGUGGGACGGGCCCUCUACUACCUGCAGAUCCUGGCAGGAGAGCUCAAGCAGAUCAGUACCACCGAGAUGGAGCACGAGGUGGCCUGCCUGGACAUCACACCUCUGGGGGAGGGUGGCGGUGAGUCACCGCUCUGCGCUGUGGGACUCUGGACCGACAUCUCAGCCCGUGUGCUCAAACUGCCCUGCUUCACAGCCCUGCACAAGGAAAUGUUGGGCGGAGAGAUCAUCCCGCGCUCAAUCCUAAUGACCACCUUUGAAGGCAGCUACUACUUGCUGUGUGCAUUGGGAGACGGAGCGCUCUUCUACUUUGGUCUGGACCUGCAGACUGGCGCCCUGAGUGAGCGGAAGAAAGUCACCCUUGGAACACAGCCCACUGUGCUCAGGACCUUCAGAUCGCUGUCCACUUCUAACGUCUUCGCCUGCUCUGACCGACCCACCGUGAUCUACUCCUCAAACCACAAGCUGGUCUUCUCUAACGUCAACCUCAAGGAGGUCAAUUAUAUGUGCCCACUCAACUCUGAGGGUUAUCCUGACAGCUUGGCUCUGGCCAACAACAGCACUCUGACCAUCGGUACCAUUGACGAGAUUCAGAAACUCCACAUUCGCACGGUUCCCCUCUAUGAGUCUCCCAGGCGGAUCUGUUACCAGGAGGUUUCCCAGUGUUUUGGGGUUUUGUCCAGCAGGGUGGAGAUUCAGGACGUGAGCGGCACCACAUCUGCCGUUCGCCCCAGCGCGAGCACACAGGCUCUCUCCAGCAGUGUGAGCUCCAGCAAGCUCUUCCCCAGCAGCACCUCUCCCCACGAGACCUCCUUCGGUGAAGAGGUAGAGGUUCACAGUCUGCUAGUGGUGGAUCAGCACACCUUUGAAGUUCUCCAUGCCCAUCAGUUCCUCCCCAGUGAGUACGCCCUUAGCAUGGUGUCAUGUCGUCUGGGAAAAGACCCGUCAGUGUAUUUUAUUGUCGGCACCGCCAUGGUGUACCCAGAGGAGGCUGAGCCCAAGCAGGGACGAAUCAUCGUCUUCCACUACACUGACGGUAAGCUGCAAACAGUGGCUGAGAAGGAGGUGAAAGGAGCUGUCUAUUCUAUGGUGGAGUUCAAUGGCAAACUGCUGGCCAGCAUCAAUAGCACAGUCCGUCUGUACGAGUGGACGGCUGAGAAGGAACUAAGGACCGAGUGUAACCACUACAACAAUAUCAUGGCCCUUUACCUGAAGACCAAAGGAGAUUUCAUCCUGGUAGGAGACCUGAUGAGGUCCGUCCUGCUGCUGGCAUACAAACCCAUGGAGGGCAACUUUGAAGAGAUUGCACGUGACUUCAAUCCUAACUGGAUGAGUGCAGUGGAAAUCCUGGACGAUGACAACUUCUUGGGGGCAGAGAACGCCUUCAAUCUAUUUGUCUGCCAGAAGGACAGUGCGGCCACCACUGACGAGGAGCGCCAGCACCUGCAGGAGGUGGGGGUCUUUCACCUCGGGGAGUUUGUCAAUGUCUUCUGCCACGGCUCGCUGGUGCUGCAGAACCUGGGCGAGAGCUCCACGCCCACCCAGGGCUCCGUGCUCUUCGGCACCGUUAACGGCAUGAUUGGUCUGGUGACGUCCCUGUCCGAGGGCUGGUACAGCCUCCUCCUGGACCUGCAGAACCGCCUCAACAAGGUCAUCAAGAGCGUGGGCAAGAUUGAGCACAGCUUCUGGAGGUCCUUCCACACAGAGCGCAAGACAGAGCAGGCCACAGGAUUCAUCGACGGGGAUCUGAUUGAGAGCUUCCUGGAUCUCGGCCGAGCCAAGAUGCAGGAGGUCGUCAGUACUCUACAGAUCGAUGACGGAAGCGGCAUGAAGCGUGAGGCCACAGUGGAUGAGGUCAUUAAGAUUGUGGAGGAGCUGACGAGGAUCCACUAACCUCGACCGUCAUCCGGACCCCCAUUGAGCGACAGAGGAGGGUCCCGAGGAGGAAUGAUGGGCAAAACGGCAAGGAAGCGAACUUGGCUUGGGUUUUGCAGAUUUGUAAAUAAUUAUAAAUAAACAGUGUGUGCAUGUUCGUCCUUCAGACUUCAAUGAUUUGUCAACCGUUGAGGCCCUGAAGGUGCUACAUGAUGACUGUAGUGCGCUUCAUUUAGACAGGCCUCUGGGCGAAGUGUGUAACACCCUGUUUGGACAACAAAAAGACCAAAGUGAAGACAUUGGUCUGAGUGUGUGUGUGUGUGUGUGUGCGCGCAUGUGUGACUGCGUCUGUGUGAAAUAAUGGAGUUUAAAUAGGAAAAAAACCCAGAAAUAUUCGUCACCAAAAACAUUCUCUGGGAUAUUUGUGACAGUUACAGGCAGGUUGAAGGUUAGCAGAUCCUCUACACCCCACAGUUUAAAUCUGACUGAUUUACACUUUUCAAGUUUAUUAUUGAAGUCUGGAGUAAACACGCUGUACGAAAAACAAAAUGAGGAAAAUGAUAGAUUUAUAGCUAUUUUGUCUUUGUGAUGUUUUCUUUGUUUAUUCUAAUAAACUUUGCUUUAGUACUGUUAA